CUGGAGCUACCUGGAUUUUGUAGCCCCCCUGUCCCCAGAGCUCCAGCACAUGCUGAGUAAAGCUACUGUCCUCCCACCUCUUCUCCAUCCCCAUAGGGAGAAAAAGUGAACAAUCCAGGCAUUCCUAGGAGUUUUCUACUUGUUGAUGUAGCUCCUUGUGAGUUCUUGGCUGCCUCCCCUUGAUUACACUGAGGAAGAAGCAGAAGGAGCUAUAUAUCCAUCUCAUCUGUCUUGUGAAAUUGUCUCACUCACCUUUGCCAGAGCCACCAUGAUGCCCCUGUCCAGGACUCAGCUGGGUCUCUUCUUCAUACUCCUGUGUCCUGCAAACAUCAUAGGACUGUGGUGGGCAGUUGGCAGCCCCUUGGUGAUGGACCCCAACAGCAUCUGCAGGAAAACCAAGCGCCUGGCCGGCAAACAGGCCGAGCUGUGCCAAACGGAACCAGAGAUCGUCAGCGAGGUGGCUAAGGGUGCCAAGAUGGCAGUGCGAGAGUGUCAGCACCAGUUCAGGUCCAGGCGGUGGAACUGCACCAGUCACAACAAGUAUUUUGGAAAGAUCCUGCAGCAAGAUAUCCGGGAGACGGCCUUUGUUUACGCCAUAACUGCGGCCGGGGUGAUCCACGCGGUGACGCAGGCUUGCAGCAUGGGGGAGCUGAUGCAGUGUGGCUGCGAAGUGACACGGAACUGGGCGCCGCCGCCGCCUCUCGCCAUUGGACCAGGGGCAGAUGGAUCGUCGUGGGAGUGGGGAGGCUGCGGCGACGACGUGGAGUACGGCUAUGAGAAGUCGCGGCAGUUCAUGGACGCAAAGAGAAAAAAGGGGAAAAGCGACAUCCGCACCUUGAUUGACCUGCAUAACAAUGAAGCAGGAAGGCUGGCGGUGAAGCACUACAUGAGGACGGAGUGUAAAUGCCACGGCCUCUCCGGCUCCUGCACGCUGCGUACCUGCUGGAAGAAAAUGCCGCACUUCCGGGAAGUAGGAGACCGACUGCUUGAGCGAUUCAACGGGGCCUUUAAAGUUAUGGGAGGCAAUGACGGCAAGACAAUAAUUCCAGUCGGACACAACAUCAAACCCCCCGACAAACAAGACUUGAUUUACUCCGCCGACUCCCCUGAUUUCUGCCAAGCCAACCGAAAAACCGGUUCCCCAGGGACACGGGGCCGUGUUUGUAACAGCACCGCUCUGGACGUUGGGGGGUGUGACCUGCUGUGCUGCGGGAGGGGGUAUCGGGAGGAAACUGUGGUAGUGGAGGAGAGCUGCCUGUGCCGCUUCCACUGGUGCUGCGUGGUAAACUGCAAUAAAUGCACUGAAAGGAAAGAGCUCAGUAUGUGCCUAUGAGAUGGACUGGAAGGAGAAAGGAGCCCCAAAAUGGCUCUGCUGUCCUCAUGGGGGCACCUGGAGGUCGACCCAGGACUCUGGCCUAGAUGCCCCCACUAAAAACAGAGCUGGUGGACUAAAGUGACAUGGGGAAUAAGACUGUCACAUGACUGUGCCUCAUAGCAGAUGAACACAAGGGCGUGUCCUCAAAGAGACUCAUUACCUGAAUAGGGGGCAACAAAAAAGUAUCAUUUUAUAGAUAAUAUAUAUAUAUAUGUAUGUAUGUAAACGUAUACACAGGAGCAGAAGUAUAAUUUCUCCACUAAAUGCCGAGCGACGUUUCAUAGUGUCUGCAAAACCGUCAUUCGGAGCCGGACUAGGUGCACCCAGCGGCGGGGCAAGUGCAUUAGGUCUAGCACCGAGCAGCUUCUCCCCCAUUAAGUCAUUCUGAAAUCCCAAACCAGUACCGAACACCUAGAUCUGCAUGAUGUUUGGAUGGGGAAGGGGUGAUUGGUGACCCCACUUAUGGGCAGCCAACUGCAGGCAUGCAACAGGGCUAAUGUCUGGUAGCAUUACUCUGCCUUAAAUGGGCGCCCACAUUUUUUUUUCCUGUAGGGCCUUCCCCUUACGGUGCAGUCGAAGUUGGCAAUUUCACUGGAAACCGUCUAAUGUGUAUAGGGGUGUCCCUACAUGGAUCAUGGAGGUUAGAAGGAUCGGGCAGCUGGAUUUCAACAUGUCUGAUCCAGGCCUAGAAGUGGCCUAUUCUCCUCACACACAUGCACACCGGGCCAGGCAGGGGAUGCAUGUGCAUAGAGCAGGCAUGCUCAACCUGCGGCCCUCCAGCUGUUGCAAAACUACAACUCCCAUCAUUCCUGGACAGCCUACAGCAGGGCAUGGUGGGUGUUGUAGUUUUACAACAGCUGGAGGGCCGCAGGUUGAGCAUGCCUGGUAUAGAGGGUUCUGGAGAAAGAGCUGCCUGGUGCAUGAGCGUUGGCCAAGCAGUAAUUGCUACCACAGUGUGUCCUAGAAGAUGACCAAUGCAAAUCACCUCUGCCCCAAAAGUAUUACCCUGCCCAGAAUAUCCCCAUUAUCUCCACCAGCACUGCCUUUAUUUGUGGUCAAUACCAGUAUUCAAUUAACCAUAGAGGAAUUUUAAAGGGAUAUUUCCAUCUUGUACAGGGAUGGCAUAUUGCUGGGGGGGUCUGACCACCAAGCCAGAGAAUUAAGGGGCCACAGUGCUGUAUCCCUUCCCUGCACGGCAGGGCCCCCGGCCUCCCACUAGCCAGAAACUGUAGUGUGGCCCCUAUGCUGGCUGCACAGUCAUAUAUAUACGUCUGGGGGGACUGAUGCAGCUCUUGACCCCUUCAUUCCCAGAGGUCAUAUCUCCACCAGUCAUACCAUAUCCUAGCAAUAUACCAUCACUGUACAAGACGGGAAUAUCCCUUUAAGAAGAAUACACUCUGGUCAUCAAUGCAGGCGCUUGCCUUCCCGCCUGCAUCAUCAUCCAUGAUCUUGCAAGGUUGCACCAUUAUUAGUAUGUGCCAUUAACAUUGGCGUCAGCGGAAUGAAUCCCGGGGGGGCCCUGCUACUGAGCACUCGAAGUGCUGGACCAUCAAAUGCCGAACUAAUGGAUGCAAUGUGAUGAGCUCUUCAAUGCUGAAAAAUAUCAGGACUUUCAUGCCAGUGGUGACCCAAGGUAGGAUAAGUCCACUGAGCGGUAUGGACCACAUGAAAUACUACUUGCGCUCAUGAGAUGAGAUUAACUGCAGGUACUCCUAUCAUCCCCGGCGGAGAGCCGCCAUCUUUCUAACCUCAGAGCCCUAUGGCUAUACACGCAGCACUUAUUCUCCAGCCUGUGGGACGUCUUCCAUCUUCAGACCUGAUCCUGGUUUGAUGUUUUUUAACUGUGAAAAAGUAAUUCUAAGAAUUUGUCGCCAUUGGCAAAAGGGAAACAUAAACCCUUCAAAAUCGGAGGAGGGCGCUCCCUGUACGGAUACGCGGCAGGGGGGUGCACGAGCAACAUGUAAAAGGGAUUUGUGGGUUUUUAUAUAAAUGAAGCUCAAACGAAAAGUUCUGCAACGUUGUAAUUUACUUUAUGUUUUGAUUCUUACUACCAUUUUCAAGAUCUCUGCUUGCUGUCAGUGAAUGAGACCAUUCUUGUUUACAUCCAAAAUCUGAUGCCUGUGUUCACACUCCCGUCUUGACGGCUAUAAUAGAUCCACUGUGUGACAUCCUCAUAGAUUACAGCAAAGAAUAAUUGAUGCCAAUGUGAACGGAGCUUUGUGCUUCUCACAGCUAAGCGUUUGCUACAAUUGUAUCCAGUCUAGACAAUCCUCUGUGAACUAAACAGUGAGGCCUCUUUCACACGAGCGUGUCCGGAUAAGUUCAAUGCGUUUUGCACGCGCGUGAUAAAAAACUGA